UUUCGCACCGAAUGAAGAAAGGUUUACAGAGAGGACGCGUUGAGCUUCUAAUAAAGUUAAAUUAUUGCGAAUUUAUUGUUCGUUUGGCUAGUUUUUGCAAGUGAAUUAACAGAUUCGGCUGUAUAGUGUACCGGAUGGUUGGAAUUUCCUCCCGCAAAAGUGUUUGAACUGCUGGAAGUAGAGAUUCUGUUUUGACUCCCUCUCGCCCCAGCAUUCGAUGGAUGCUUCCGUUAUCACCAUGGAUCCCUUGGAUGAAAUUGAGCGGAAUGUGAUUCAACAGGCGCACGACAUAACAACGACUUCGGUACGGCGAAUAAAGGAACUGUGGUCGGAGAUCUUCGACGAGCAUAUCUGCCAGGAUCACAUGAGCCGGCUGCCGGAACAUAUUCAAACUUUUUUCGAAGAAGUAUAUGAGGAAAGUGAGGGCAGAAAGCGCAAGAUUGUCGAAGCUAUCGAGGCAUUGCAGCGGGAGGCUUGCAAUCUCAAGCGAUUACUGCAGGAGGAUCCUGGUGAUUUGGAACCACAUCCGGGGACGCCAUUACAUAUGGUACAGAUCAGUUUGGACCGCAGUUUGGAGUUUAUGCGAGAGAAGUUGAAACUACGACUUGAUCAAAUCGACGAGUACCUGUUCGAGCAGGAGACGCUUUGUGAAGAUUUAGGAGAAUUACCUAGAGAAUUGAAAAAGGAUCCGCUGCCAUCGGAAGCAGAUAUAUGCGAAUUUCGGUCGUACCUGGAUAACCUUUGUGCGGAGAAGUUGCAACGGUUCGAUGACAUCGCUACAAUGCGCCGGGAGAUCAAGAUUAUGAUGAGCCAGCUGGAGAUAGCGGCCCAGUCGGAUCGACAGGAAGAACUGAUUGAAGCACGCAAUUUCCCACCGACCAGAUACAAUUUGACCGAACUACGUCAUUUGCAUGAAAUGAUUAGGUCCCAAUUCGAAGAUUUGAAAGACAACAUCGAUCGCAUUCGUGACAAGUUGCAGAAUUUGUGGGCUUACCUAGCUAUUAGUCCAUCCGCUGUGAAACGGUUCCAAAAGUAUAACGAUUACACGCAGACCACCUACGACAAGUUGUUUGCCGAGUUGGAUCGGUGCGAAAGUCUACGACGGGAAAAUAUUCAGGCGUUUGUUGAUCGAACCCGAGUCGAAAUCGUGCAAUGGUGGGAAAAGUGUCUCAAAUCGCAAGAGGAGCGUUCGAGGUUCUCAACUUUUAAGAGUGACGUGUACAAUGAAGAUCUGUUGACUCUGCACGAAAUGGAAUUAAACGAUCUGAAGGAAUUCUACCGCAAUAAUGAAACUAUCUUCCAGCUUGUGGAACAGCGAAAGGAAAUGUGGGAAAAGAUGAUGUCACUAGAGCAAAAGUCAAACGAUCCAUCCCGCUACAAUAAUCGUGGAGGAAAAUUGCUGGAGGAAGAAAAAGAGCGCAAACGAAUCAAUGUUCAACUGCCUAAAAUUGAGAACAAGCUGCUGGAAGCAUGUAAGCUGUACGAAGUGGAAAACAAACGUAAAUUUACCAUCUUUGGCGAAUGUAUUGAGGAAGUGAUCCGGGAACAGUGGAAUAAACGUGAGGAAGGCAAACUACACUCUAGCGCAAGGAAGAAGGCAAAUUUGGCCACGCCGACGGGAGCCAACCGAACUGCAUUGAUGCGAACCCCCAAAACGGCAGAAACCUUGGCGAAACACACAAGCAUCAAUAGCCGAACUAGGAUUGCAGCGGGGCCAAGCGAAGAUGCAUUAAUUAAAAAUUCUGCCAGCAAGCUACUGUCCGCUUCGAAGCUUUCUUCCGCCGGCAUCAAGCGGAAAUUGGCUUCUCCGAAAACGGGAGCUAUCAAACGAUCUCUACUGAAAGAUUUAAACAGUCCAAGGACGUUUCUGAAACCCGGAGCUCCGGCGUCAGCGGGUAAGAGUCGAUUAGCACAGAAAUCCCCCGGCAAAAUACCGACCAUCAAAGUGUACGAUACGAAAGGCGGCCCAUCGGCAGCUCAGAAAAGGCGAUCAAGGCGCAAAUCUCAAAACAAAUCCCGCCGUAGCGUAUCGAAGGCUCGACCGGACAUCGUCAUCACUUCUAGCACGAGUACCACAUUGCAAUCGGACACGGUAUCGUACGAACACUUUGAGAAUUUCUUCGAGACAAACACACCGAAUCGUUCGUCUCUGAUGCCCGGUCGGGCAGGCACAGCAGGAGCAGGAGCCGGAACUCGACCCAACACCCGUCGUCAGUUUCGCAACCACGGAUUACCGCAGUUAAAUACCACCGGCAAUCCACUCAGCACACCGUCCAAGAUAACGUUCCGUAAUCCGACAGCUUCGUCCACAAUGUUGGCCACCACUAUACGGUCCCCAGGGCCAAGUAACACCACCGCCAGCGGCAAGAAGCUCAUGUCAGCCGCCAAGAACUGUCCGAUAAUUUUCUAAUCUAACCGAUAGAGCGUUGAUUGCAAAUCGACUCGACUCCUUCGUUCAACGAUUGUUCUGAGAAGUUGGCAAUAUUUUAUAAAUGUUACGUUGUUCUUAAUUAUUACUAAUUCAUCCAGGAUCAAUUUAACACACCCGAACCAGAAGUAGCUGCCGUUGGUUGCGCUUAAAUUAUUUCACUCGUACCGCUUAUUUAGUUUAUGCGCUUUUUCGUUUUAGUUUUUUUUUUUUGUAUUAUAACAUUUUGUAAUUAUAAUGGAUACAUCUGAAGAGAACAACGAUUAUUUUUAGUUAAUUUUAUACACUUGUGAUUGAGAUAACCUUACGAACAAUGAAUCAUCCCGAUCAAGAAUAUCAUAGAUAGCAGCUAGCUACGCAAAGCUCUCUACUAGAAACUACCGGUGGUAAGUCGUCAUGCUACGGGGGACCAACAUGCAUCCCACCUA